AUGGCUGCGUAUGAUAUCUCUCCUGUUUCCGCGGGAACUGAUCUGGCGGCCUACUCCAGAGACUCUGUUCAGCUCCUUGUGAACAAGCUCUUCGCAUUGCCCCGAAACAAGGGCGAUGAAGGAACUUUGGUCUCGCUCCCUGCAGAGGGAGUCUUUCGAUUGCCUCGAUCGAAGCCCAUCCCCAAGGAGAAGCCGAAAACGCGGUGGCAGAAGUUCAUGGAGGAAAGGAACAUGAAAAAGAAGAAAAGAAGUCGACUCGUUUUCGAUGAGAUCGAAGGGGACUGGAAGCCUCGAUGGGGCUACAACAGCAUCAAGAAGUCUCAGCAAAACGCCAAUUGGGUUCAAGAGGUUGGCGACCGCGAUGAUCCCAACCAGAACCCCUUUGACCAGGAAAAAGCUGAGCAGCGGCUUCUCAAAGCUCGACAGAAGAUGCGCGAGGUGAGAAACAAAGUAGAAGCUGCUGGAGGAAAACUUCGAGCCAGCGUGCCAGAUUUGUCCAACAGCCAGAAACGUGGAAAGGAUGGAUUGAAGGAGGCCAUCAAGAGAGCACAGGUCUCUUCCGCCUCCUAUGGGAAGUUUGACCGGGUGGCGCCCAAUGAGGCCACCAAUUUGCAGCCCAAGCGCAAGAAAGGCGUAGCACCUGUCAGCGGUGGCGUCGAGAAGGACAACUACCUGAAAGCUGUGGGCCGAGUCUUGUCGGGCGAUGGCCCUGUUGACAAGCACAAGGCCGCGCAGGUGGGUGUGAGCCAUGAGAGAAGGAAUGAUGCCCUGUCACGAUCCCGGGUGAACAAACGCCGAAGCAAGCAAGGAGGUAAAGGCAAAGGUGGCAAGAAGAAGGGAAGGUCUGACCGGUCGCAGUUUGUGAAUCGCUCUGCCCAAGAGCAUUUGAUGUACAUACAGGAGAAGGUGAAUCCGGUUUUGGAGGCUCUUGUUACAGCCGUCCUCCUCGAGCGACCAGAUGAUCCGUCCUUUUUUAUGCUCAGGUGGCUUUGCGAGCAAACAAAGUCCCUGGAUGGCGCGGAGCAGGAGCGCUUUCUGAGAACUCGGUGGUUUCAAACGGCCAGCGAACUUCCACUGCAGAAGAGGCUCGCCAAGUUUUGUGCAGUGGGAGUUGUUUGCAUUGAGCAGAUCGCUCUGACAACUCGCCAUGUGACGUCUCUGACCAUGGAGCUGUCUCUGCAAAAUCUAGCGGCAGAAGUCUCCGAACUGCUGCGCAACAGCAGAUCAAUGGAGAACAAAAAGGAAACGAUCUUUGAACUCCUUCGGCGAAGCUGUUUGAAGUCUGCAAGGGACGAGUCUCUGGACACGGUGACCGAUGGCAUUGAAGAUGUGUGGAUGUUUCUACUGAGUCUCCGCAAGAUGAGCCCGGUGAGACAGCGACGCAUCGACGAAUGCCUUAAAGCCUUGUCGUCAUCAGAGAGGUGGAUGAGGUUGCUCCAGGAAUCCGCGCAGUUACAGGAGCUCCUGAUGGAUUCGGAUGGCCAGUGCCAAAGCAUCCUGAGACCCCAAGUUGAAGCUGAAGCCGAUGGGGAACCGCCGGAGAUGGAAAAACCACCCGAGAAAGCCGAGAAAGCUCCCGAGAAAGCUGUGAAUCCCUUUGCCAAGCCGCAACCUGACCAAGUGCACGUUGAUCAUGGGAAAGCCAUGGGAAAUCCUUUCCAGACGAAGUUUGCGCAGAUGAGCCCAAAGGCACGCGCCGGCAGCCUGGCCUUCUCCGCGGCCUUCGAGGCGGACAGCGCCGAAGCGACGUCAACGGCUGCGUCCAAUGGAGCGACGUCCACAGGAUUUUCAGCUGUUUCAGCUGGGGUGGUGCAGGGAGUUUCCGCGGCGUUUCAGAAAACCAAGGACUUUGAGCAGAAGCAUCACCUGACUCAAAGGGCGGUUCAGGGUACGCGUUCAUCCGUGGAAGCUGUGAGGGAUGCUAACCGACAGUACGGGGUCACUGAGAAGAUCGGACAGGGCCUCGCAAGCGCGGCAAACAAAACAGUGGAGUUCGAGCGUGAACAUCAGGUGAGGUCCCGAGCCAUGCAAGCUGCCCGAGCUUCAGUGGAUGCUGCCCGGGAUGCCAAUCAGAAAUAUGGAAUCACUCAGAAGAUGGGCCAGGGAGCCCAUGCUGCAUAUUCCAAAGCACGAGAGAUCGAACAGAAACAUCAUGUUACCUCCACCGUGGCAUCUGGCAUUAAAAAUGGUGCUGCCAACGCUGCAUCAGCUGCAACUUCUUUGGGAUCGAAAGUGGCCACGAAGAAUCCCUUCAGUGCUGGGACACAUGCUGUUCCAGAGGCUCAACGGAAUCCUUUCAGGGCUUGA